UGGAUCGUUUAUUCAUUCGAAAGAAUUAUAAGAGUGCAGUAGUUUGUUCUAACAACCAGAUUUUGUGCAAAGAAAUUUGUUGUAGUUACAUUUUUCGUUUGAUAAAAAAUUAAACUAUUUUAUAUCCACUAGCGAUUACUUGCUGUUUCAAUUGCAUUUCGACGGAACUGAAAACUUAUACUGUAACAAAUACUUGUUGCAUCAAUUGCAUUUUGAGGAAUAUAUAAAUAAUUUGUAUAAAUGAUGAUGUCUGAUACAGUUUGUGGUUGUGGUGCAAUAUUCCGGGACAUCGAUAGUCUUCAAAAACAUUGCAACAAUAAUUUGAAUCAUAGACCAACAAUUUAUUGCACUGUAGGAAAACCUAAAAAAAACUGUUUUCCAACACAUAGUUCGGACUCAAAUAUGGUAAAAGUUACAAAAAAACAGUGUAUGGGCUUAGUAGGAUCAGGAUUCAAAAAAAUUAAUUCGGCCUUAAAAGGUGGUGUAAGAAAUUUUUUUUUGAAAAAUAAUACAAUUGUUGAUGACAUUGUCGAUUUCAUGGUUGAAAUAAAUCACGAAAUAAUAAAUUUAUUAAAAAUGUUAACUGUAAAGGGUAUGGUAAAAUUCAAUGUUUUACUACAUACAACGUACUUUCAUACUGUAACUGGUGAGUUCAAAGAUGUAUCAUUCAAGUCGCGCAAUAAAACAGUAGACUUAGGAACCGAUUUUACAUCAGUAAUGGAAAAAAUAACAUUAAAGUUGGAAACUGAAAAACAAGAAAUGGAAAUCAAGCAAAGUGGAUGGUCGCUAAUAUCAAUUGAUGGUAUUUUGUUGAGAGUACAUAAAUUGAACCCACUGAAGGGAUCAUCGUAUAUUGAAUUACCAUCGUGUAUAAAAAACAAAAAGGCUGUUGUAAAUAUUAAAAACGAUGAUCAACAAUGUUUCAAAUGGUCAAUCUUAUGUCAUUACAAUAAAAGAGUUAAAAGAAGUGAUUGGAAUGUUGCAUAUAUUGAAUUAGAACAAUGUUUGAACAUAGAUUUUUUUGGUAUUGAUUUUCCAACACCAAUUGAACAAAUUAAUCGCUUCGAACGAAAAAAUCCUACAAUAUCGGUAAAUGUGUAUGCGUUGGACAAUAAAAACAUUGUUUUUCCAUUGCGUGUAACUAAAUCCAAAACCGCUACAGAUCAUAUUGAUUUACUAUACUUGAAAAAUAAUGAAACUAACCACUAUUGUUACAUCUCAAAAUUUUCAAGGCUUGUAUCAAAACAACGCUCAAAAAGUAAACGACAAGAAUAUCAUUGUAAACGAUGUCUCAGCGUAUUUAACGAGCAACCGUUAUUAACUCGUGCGAGUGGGAAAGAGGGACUUAAAGAACAUGUAAAAAUGUGUGGAAAAUUCAAGGAGGCUCGCAUUGUUCUACCACAGCCUAACUCUGAUCUUUCAAUAUUAUGUUUUAAAAACACAAGACGAGAAGAAGCAAUACCGUUAGUUAUCUACGCUGAUAUGGAAAGUUUACUUGUUCGAACGAUGGAACAAAUAUCGGACAAGUCUAUGAUUGUACAAAAACAUAAACCAAUGAGUUAUUGUUUUUACUUAGUACGCAACUCCAAAAUAUUACCGCAAAACAUGUGUCAGGGAUUACCGGAGGAACCAGUAAUGUAUCGAGGACCUGAUGCUGCUAAACAUUUUGUAUCAGCGUUGGUGGAUAUUGGAAAACAAGUAUCAGAUAUCAUGAAAAUUAACAUCGAGAUGAAUCCUCUAACUUCUGAGGAACAACAUCGUUUCAAUACCACAAAACAUUGCGACUCGUGUUUAAUAGAGUUUACCGAUAAGUUAGUAAAAGUCAAGGAUCAUAAUCAUUGGACGGCAAAAUUUCGAGCUGUUUUAUGCCACAAAUGUAAUUUACAACGACGAUAUUCCGCAUUCAUACCAGUUAUCAUGCAUGGUCUUUCAAACUAUGACUCGCACAUGAUAAUACCAGAAAUGGCUUACGACAAUAAAGACAUUACUGUUAUAGCACAAUCCGAAGAAAAAUAUAUUUCGUUCAGUAAGACAAUAAGCGAUUAUUUUCAACUUCGAUUUAUAGAUUCAUAUCGAUUUUUGCAAGCGAGUUUGUAUCAACUUACAACCACCUUGACUUUACCUGAUUUUGCACAUACAUUAAAUGUCUUUAAAUCGUUGGAGUUGGUCACACGGAAAUCGGUUUUCCCAUACGAAUACGUAGACAGUUGGGAAAAACUCGACGAAAAUCAGUUGCCAACCCGCGAAAAUUUUUACAGUUCCAUUACGAAAAAUACAGUAUCCGAAGAGGACUAUGAACAUGCAAAAAAAAUGUGGCAACACUUUGAAUGCAAAACUAUUGGUGAUUAUAGUGACAAGUAUUUACUUGUCGACGUUAUGGUACUUGCUGACAUAUUUGAAAAGUUUCGCGCGGAGAGUUUAAAAAAUUAUUCUCUGGAUCCCACUCAUUAUUACUCAUGUCCAGCCCUAUCAUUUGAUGCUAUGUUAAAAUAUACUGAUGUCAACAUUGAAUUGAUAACAGACCCAGAUAUGUUAUUAAUGUUUGAAUUGGGUAUACGUGGAGGUUUGACACAAGUCAAUCAGCGGUAUGCUCGAGCAAAUCAUCCAGGUAUCUCUGACUACAAUCCCAAUAUUCCACAUAAAUAUCUUCAAUACCUAGAUGCUACAAAUUUAUAUGGAACAGCAAUGAUGGAACCGAUGCCACUUGGUAAUUUUGAAUGGUCAACUGUUACAUUGGAGGAAAUACUUGACACAGCUGAGGAUGCUGAUCAUGGAUAUCUUGUGCAAGUCGAUGUAGAUUAUCCACAACAUUUACAUGAUUUACACAACGAUUUACCAUUUUUUCCGGUAAACGAGCGACCACCUCUACCGUCUGCCAAAUACAAAAAACUGAUGACCACAUUGUUUCCAAAACGUAAUUACGUUGUACACUAUCGAACAUUAAAGCAAGCGGUAAAACACGGUGUGGUUAUCACAAAACUGCAUAAAGUCAUAAAGUUUAAACAAUCUCGAUGGUUGGCACCCUACAUCCAAAUGAAUACAGAAUUACGUAAAAAAGCCUCCAACAAGUUUGAACAAGAUCUACCAAAAUAUAUGAUCAACUCCAACUAUGGUAAAACAUUGGAAAACGUGAGAAAACAUCAAAGUAUUCAACUCGUUUGUAACGAAGAUAAAUUAUCAAAACUGGUAGCGAAACCGUCGUUUGGUCACACCACAAUAUUUAAUGAAAACCUUGUAGCUGUACACAUGUAUAAAGAAAAAAUUAAUUUUUUUAAACCCAUUUUUAUUGGACAGGCCGUGUUGGAUAUUAGUAAAUGUAUCAUGUACAAGUUUCAUUAUGAUAUAAUGCAACCAUUUUAUGGUCCUGAAAGACUUAGACUCGUGUAUAUGGAUACAGACAGUUUUAUUUAUUUAAUAUUAACGCAUAGUUUUCAGGAUGAUUUGAAAAAAUAUCUGUUUGAAUACUUCGACACUUCCAACUAUCCCACUGAUUAUCCAUGUUACAGUGAUAAACGUAAAAAACAACCGGGUACAUUUACCGACGAAUGUAAAGGUAUGCAUAUGGAGAAAAUUGUUGCACUCUUGCCCAAAGUCUAUGCGUACCUGAUUGCCUACAAAAAUUAUAAAAACGUUUUGCGGCAAGAAGAAGUGAAGCGAUUGAAGGGUAUUAGUAUGGGUGUAGUGAAACAUGAAAUAAAUAUGGUUGACUAUUUAAAUUGUUUGCGAAAUAAACUAAAACAAAUUCACAAGAAAAUUUCCAUCAUACGUUCAAAACAUCACAAUGUUUUGACGGUAGAAACGAGGAAACUCGCAUUGUCCAACAACUAUGACAAGCGUGCAAUAGUCGGUGAUGAGUUUGAGUAUAAAAAUGUAUAUACAAAAGCGUGGGGACAUUAUUCUUUAAAUACAUAACAAUUUAUUUUGUAUAAAAUAUAUUAUUGUAUUUAGUAUUUUAUUAACAAUAUAUGUCAAUU